AUUUAAACACGCAAUAGUGUCUUUAGAAAUUAACUAUAUGAAAAAAACGUUGACAUAUACUUAGAGAAUCAAUGCAAAUACCUGAUUGGUUAAACGCGUCGAUAAGGCGCGCUACUGCAAAGCUCGAACGGAUAUACGUUCCUUGGUGGUCGUUUGCGGUAUAGCAGGUACGUUGUUUUCUUUCCCUUUCCCCCUUUAGUUUACUCAUUACCCUUUUUUUCUUCUUAAUUGGACAAGUCGGACUCAUAAAUAUUUUGUUUUUAUUAUCCUUUUAUCCUAUUCUGUUUUUCCCUUUGUCGUUGCUAUAAACCGAACUUGGUGAAACUUAUAACUAAUUUAGGGACCGUCCAUUUUUCCCCUGCUGACAGUUCGCUCUUUUGAUUUAAUAUACUUCGUUGUUUUAUCUAUGUGAACAAGAUUUGGUUCUCUUUAAUAAGAUACUAUCUUUUUUAACAUGAUAAGUUCUGCUUUUAUAGUCUUGUGCAUUAUUUAUUAAGUAAUUACAUGGAAAUCAUUGAAUAUUUCUUCUAAUAGUUAGUAUUUCGUAUUUUAAUUAAGUGGAAGUUUUGUAUAUAUUAAACACUAAGAGAUAAACCUGAAAAAAACAGGCAGAGAAAUUCAAAUGUGAAAUCAUAUUAUUGAUCAAAAAGUAGCACAUGUUUCAACCAAUUUUCUGAUAUCGACAUAAAAUGAAUUCAACAGGUUUUUGAUUUAUCAUCUUGCUCUCCUCCUUACAUAAAAGCUGAAAAGAGUGAUAUACAAUAAGUUACUAAAUGACGUAUUUUAUUCAUAAUUAAUGUUGACGUAAACUAUUUAGAUUUGGAAAGACAAAGCUCUUUUAAUAUAUAAAAUCUAUCUUUGGUAUAAAACCAGAAAAAGUUGUAAAGCGACGCUUGAUGGCUAAAUUAUUCCUUCUAUUUUCCGACCGCUUAGAUAUGAUGUUGUCGGUAAAUGUCAGUAACAAAGUCACCGCCAGCCUAAUUCGACAUUUUGGUCAGCGAGAAAAUAAUCCUAGAAUAAAUUGACGGACAGACGUUUUAUCGCAAUAACAUAAUGGUGUUGAAUAAAAGCACAAUCUUCUUAUGGUGACAAGGUGCGUGUCACCGGGGACAACCCGGUGAGCGCAGACAAAAUAGAUUGUCCCCUUUAAUAAACGCUUGCAUCCAAAGUGUCAUGAAAUUACUAAUAACAGUAUCGAAUUUGAUUUCAAUCUUUUAUACUUUAUACUAACUUGACUUUCCUGUAUGGUAUCUUUCCAAUUUGACAAGGAGUAGGGAAGAGAGGAUCACUAGAAUAAGAUUCUUUUAAAAAAAAAUGGAAUAAUCGUUGGACCGUAGCUGAGAAUAGAUUUUGUGUUAACAAUACACGGGCUUUGAAAUGAAUAAUGGCGUAUAUGUAUUAUAACUAGUAUCCACUUUGAACAUAUUCUACCUUCUUUUGCAAUCCGCUGUUAUUAAUCUACGUAGUGUUGAAAGGUUGAAUUUAAGGAAAUUCUGAAAAAUGAUUUGGUUCCAGCAGCCGACUUGGUCGGUAAAUGCAAUCACGUAAUGAUAUCUUAGUGUUGUUGAUAUCACUUACAAAAGCAUCUUCGAUAGUUAGCAAUGAUAUACAAGUCUACAUGUUUUCUUUUUCAGUUGGAUUUUUGCCUUCGGUCAAUUAAUCAGCACUUGUCCGCUGGAACAACCGGGGGUGGAAUUAAUUGAGAAAAGUGUGUCAACACUAAAAAAAAAGAUGACAAACUAUAGCUCUAUGGAGGAGAUAGAACCAUACAAGUAUGAUUUGGAAAUGCGUUUGAAUGAAUUGCUACAUUCUCCGAUAAAAAUGACCGCACUAACGUUAAGCCUUAUUUGCAUACUAUCCAAUCUCUUAUCAGCCGCUGCUAUCAGACAGACGCCUUCGAGAAUAGGCUCGAAAGCACACUUCAUGCUCAUCUGCAGCCUCACCCUGUCUGAUGCAUUGAUCGGCUUUAGCGUCGCUCUACAUAUGAUAAACAAAGUUUUAAAACCAAGUUCUACUAAAGAUGCUCCCUUCCUUUUACUGGUAUCGGAGUGCUCUUAUAUUUCGAUAAAAGCGUUGAAUAGCACAUCUUUUGUAAUAAGUCUUUUAAAUCUUGUUGCAAUGGCAAUUGACCAUUACUUAGCUAUACUAAGACCAUUACAUCAUCCUUCUUUAUUGACAACACGUAGGACGGCCAUUAUAAUAUCUAUGCUGUGGAUUUUCUCCUUCAUUGCUGGCUUUAGCGAUUUCUUUACACCUUUCCUUAUUAAUCCCCACUACAGCGGUGAGCUGAAUUAUUGCAAGAGGGUCAUGUUUAAUAAGUAUAACGAAGAGUACUUAGUAUUUACCAUUGCCUUUGGAGCACUGGGCUUAAUGGCAUUCGUCUAUGUUCGGAUAUAUCUUAAAGUUCGACAGCGCCACAGAAUGCCGUUGUUUCAGGACACAGGCGAGGCAAUCAGAGCCAGUCAUCAGCGAGCCUUAAUUACAACACUCUUAAUUUUGGGGACGUUCAUUAUAACUUGGCUACCUCUUUGUUUAUUCGAAGUGGUACUUAUCAUUUACGUCAGCAUCGAUCCAGAUUAUUUGCCCACUCAUCCAGAAUUAUUGCAACGAUUAACGUACGCCAAUGAGUUACUGUAUGAUCUGCUUCUCAUGAACACUAUCGCAGACCCGUUGAUUUACGCCAUCAGAACACCGGAAGUAAGACUUGGCUACUCUAGAUUAUAUUACAAACUCACUUGCCGUUCGAAUAAACUAAAUAGACAUAUAAAAAGACAAACAAGCGAUUCGCAAUUGAAUCCAACAUAUUGUAGCGUCGCAAUGACAGAAACCAGGUCUAUUCGUCGAAACGAUCCUAGUUCCUCAAUAAAGCUCUAAAUUUAUUGAGUUACAAACAAACAAACACAAGUAUAUAAUGACAAUGAUAUGUAUAAUGCAUAGAUUAAUGAUACUUGUAACAAUACAAACAAAAAACUGUAAUAAUGUAUGCUCAGAUUGUUCAAAAAAAGUUCUUUUUCUCCAUUUUUCCCAAGUUUUGAUAAAUAUUGAAAAAAGUUGCCAUUUUGUUGUGUCCUCCUUUAUUUUUAGUGUUUCAACCAAGAUUAAUAAACAGAUAUUGUUAAAGAAACUUACAAUUUAUAUCCAUA